GUAGCGCGGGCAAAUUAUUUCCUUUUCAGCUCCCAUACCCAAUGGCUUUUGCGGCUGUUUUCAUUUUGGGGGGGAUAUUCUGUGCCAUUGAAGUCGGUAUCUGUUCACACAGUACCGGACAGGACCGGGAGCCGCUACAGUUCUGUUCAUGGGGUCGACUGAAUCUGCGCAGCAGCGGGAGGAUAGCCGCAAGUGCGACGACGAGGAAGCUAAAGCAGAUGAGGAGGAGAGUGCGAACAACCUACAGGAUGGCGAGACUCCAGAUGCCAAGUUACUCCAAAAGAAUGGACAGAUGUCCGGGCUGAGUGAAAAAGCAGCGGGAAAGAUUGAGGUGGUCAACGGACUGUGUGAAGACAAGGGUCGUUGCAGACGUUGGUGAGACAAAUUCAGUUAUCAUUUCUCAGAAUAAGGACAUUCUGGAGACGAUAGAGACUCUCACAGAGAAGAUACCACCUCUGGAAAACAUGAUGGGAAGGAAUCACCAGAUGCAGACGAUGAGGCAUCAACAAAUGAGACUAAAACAGAAGUUAAAUUAAAUAAAGUCAAUGAACGUUUAAAAAAAUUAUUCAGUUCAAUUGGUUUAAAAUUUACAUUGAAAAAAGACUGACACAACACAAGAAGAAGUGAGCCCUAAGAAAGUAGAUGGAAGCAAGAACUCCUGAGGAUAUCAAGGACACAAAAGAGACCACUAUAGAUAAUGCUGGGGAGAAGAGCAGAUCAGAUCUGACUGAUGAAACAAUAAAAUCAAUUGUUGGUGAUACACCAAAAUAGUCUGUUAGCGAUACACUAAAAGAGCUUCUAGAUGAUACACUAGAAAAACUGGUUGACAAAAUACUAAAAGAGCCUGCUGAUGAUAUACCAGAUGAGCCUACUGAUGAUACACAAAAAGAGCUUCUAGAUGACACACUAGAAGAAGCGCAUAUCGACGAUGCACCGAAUGAGGUUGUUGAUGACACAACAGAGGAACCUGCUGAUGAUUGUACCUCUUGCCAUAUGAUGACAGACCUCACAUUUGUGACAUUUUCUCUAUAAAACCACCAAGGAACAUACCACAGAAAUGAUAGAACCUAAGGAGGAAGUCACACCUGAAGAAGUGGCAAAAGUAGAGAGAGAGGCAGAGGCACCAGCCCCACUGGUUCCGAAAGUUGACGAAAUGUCUCCAUUGAAACAUUUUUUCCUGAUAGGACAAAUACACAAGCAGGUUAAUCAAGAACCCACAAAAGAAUACAAGGUGGAACCUAAGGAUGAAGUCAAAGAAGAACCUACGGAAGAACCCAAGACCGAAUCCAAGGAUGAACCCAAAGAGGAACCAAAGGAAGAAGUCAAUGAGAAAUCUAAGGACAAAGUCAAGGAGAAAGUAGAGGAGGAAGUCUUCCCAACCGAAGAGACAGAGGCACCAGCACUAACCAUUCUGAAUGUUGAAGAACAAAUUAUAUCCCCAAUUAAGAAGUUUUUCACUACUGGAAUCUUUGCCGGUUUAAAGAAAAAGAAAAAGCUUAUAGAAGAGGAAACGCCCGAAUAUGCGACCGUUGAGAAGGAACAGGAACUGCAAAGCAUUGAAAAACAGGAGGACAUAAACACAGCAGAGGAAGCUGGACUUGAACAAGAACAAACAAAAGAGGAGAUCAGUCCAGGUGUUGAGGGGGAACAAAAUGAGAAAGAACUUCAAUUUGAAAUUGCAGCCACAAUGUUAGCCGGAGUAACAGAUUCCCUAGUGGCUGAGGCAUCCAAUGUCCCCAAACUCAUUAAGAGUAAUGUCCCUAAAAGUAGUGGAAACAGAGAGGAUGUUCUUGAAGAGCAGAGAGCUACUAAUAUAUUACAGACAAUUAUCUCAAAUGAAGCUGAACUUCUUAGUUCAGGAAGUUCAGUCCAGGAUAUUCUUGAAGACCUGUGUCCUUCUUGGAGUUUCGUAACCAUUAUAACAAAUAAAUUUGAAACAAAUGAAGCCAAACUUCUUAGCUCUCAAAACAAAGUUAAAACACAGGAAAUUCUUGAAGAGCAGUCUCAUUCUUGGGGAUUUGUCACAGUCACAGAGGAUGUUCCUGAAGAGGAGCCAGCUCCUGUGGUAUUACUGACAGUUACCUCAAAUGAGGCUAAACUUCUUAACUCUCAAGAGAAAGCUAAAACCCAAGGAAGUCCAGUCCAGGAUAUUAUUGACAAGCAGUCUUCUUCUUGGGGAUUCCACACAGUUAUCUCAAAUGAAGCUGAACUUCUUAGCUCACAAGAGAAAGCUAAAAAUCAAGGAAGUCCACUGAGGAAGCUCUUGUCUGGGGCUGGUUUGAAGAAGCUUACUAGGAAGAGGAGAGGUAGUAAACCAGACAAGUUGACUGGAUCUGGUGAGCAUGUAGCUGAGGAUCUACUGUCAUCCACAGAUUCAGUGGAGUACCAGAAAGAAGAAAGUACUGCCUCUCUGCCAGAUGAAUUAUCAGCAGAUCAGGUAAAUGUGUCUGCUCAGGCUGGGUUGAGCCACGAAUCAGAUGAUGUAACUUCUGACAUUGAAAGGAAGAAGGAUGGUACCUGGACUUCCUUCAAAAAACGAAUGACACCCAAAAGACAUCUCAAAAGAUCCUCUGAGAGUGAGGAUGAGUCAGCACUUGUAGGCUUACAUGAGGAGCCAAAGCAAAGUGAAGGGGAACAGGUACUAGAACAUAUCACAGAAGAGCCCAAAAAAAAGGUUGAGAUAUCUGUUUCUUGGGAGGCUUUCCUAUGUGGAUCUGCAAAGAGGAGGGGCAGAAAAACAUCGGACUCAGAGGAGCAAGUACCCAUGAAUGAAGGUAAAAUACUAAGUGAACCAGGAAACACUGCAGCGUCGCCAUUGGACAGUUCUCAGGAGAGAGGCUAUGAACAUUUUACCUCUUUCCCUGAGCAAGUUGGAAGUCCCUGGGGAGUGAAGGGGUGUCUACAUGGAAAUACCUUAAAAAGCUGAUCACCCCCAAAACAAAGGCAAAAACCGAGGAGGCUGUCAAAGUUAACUCACCAGAGCAGAUGCAAUCUGGCAUCGAAAUCACCAAAGAGAAGUCUUCUUUUUCUCUAAAGAAACUCAUCCCUGGACGCAAAAAGGGAAAGCAUGGAGAAAAGCAGGAACCAAUCUCUUCUGACAAGGCAGAUAUGGGUGUUGGAUCGGACUUUGAGGAGGACUCUGAAACGCCAGCAGUGGUCCCCAUGUCAGAGUUUGAUGCAGAAGAGCAAGGAGAGAAACACAACAUAUCAACUGAGGCUGUUAUAGAAACUCUAUUACACAUAACAGAAGAAGAAACCCAGCCAGACGUCUCUAGCACUUUCACCGAAUCGACCAUACCCAAAGACACCCUGCCCACUGAAGCAGAGAAGGCAAAAUAUACUGUGGAACAGUUGGCCCCAUCAACAUCCCCCACUGCUAUGAAAAACUUUGAGCACCUUACGGAAUUCAUAAGUAAACAUCAGCAACUUAGUGAUAUACCUGAAGAAGCCACUCAAGACGAUACCAUAGCCGAGGACCUAAUAGAGUUGACAUCUGAAGCAGUCACUGCCCCAGAACCUCUAGAUGAAGAAACAACAGAAAUGGUUUCAGCAGUGUCACAGCUGACAGAUGAGUCCCCCAAAACAUCAGGCAGCACAACACCUGUCCCAAUAGAAUACGAGUUAAAGGAUACAGAGUUACUUCUGCAUGAGACUGUUGAUACCAUUAGCAGAACCCAAACUCUCUCAUUGGUAAAUAGAAAAGGCCCACAUCUGGAAGCUAUUUCAGUUUCUCCACAAAUAUUACACACACCAAAAGAGAAGGAAGCAACAGUUUUGAUAGCUCAUGAAAAAUCAGAUGCAGUUGAAAUCCGCACAGGUGAAGAGUCUCAACAAAUUGAUCUUGUUGAUAAAAGCCCAGUGACUCCUAUGGUAGAGUGUCCAUCUGAGGUCACUGAGGUAGUACCCACAGAGUUGGCACCUGAGGACACUGAAGAGUCUGAUGCUGCAAGAAUCACUACAGAUGAUUUACACAAAGCUGAAGAUGAAUCAAAUCCAAUCAUGCUCAUAGAAACUGAAAAGGACCCACCCAAUGAGUUAGAAGAGGCAAGACCAGAACUUGUAGCCUACAUUAGUUCAGAAGAAGGUGUAGCUCAGGUUGACGAAAAGGUGGUAGCAGAAGAAACUCCACAGCCUGAUACAGAGAGUCUGGAUGUAUCAUUCACAGACAAACUUAUCUCCAUACAACCUCUCACGGAGUUCACUCUUGAAGAAGAGAAAGCAGAAUUCCUCGAUGUUGCGGAGGAUGCUGCAGACAAUGAGAAUGCACCAGUUAUAGAAACAAUCACAUGUGAGGUUCAAGAUGUCACAGCUGCAAUGCAUGACGUUUCAAUGUCGGAACCAUCUGACGUUCUGGAAUGUUUGAUUGCCAUAGUGACACCUGAAGUAGAAUCCCCAGAGAAAAGGGAUCCUGUGGGUUCUCUAAGACCACUUGAAGAAGCAAGACCAGUACUUGUCACCACCGUUAAUUCAGAAGAAGCUCAGGUUGAAAGAAAGGACGUUCUGAAAACUUUGAUUGCUGUAGUGGCACCUGAAGUAGAAUCCCCAAAGAAGAAAGAUCCUUUGGGUGCUCUAAGACCACUCAUAUGCUCUGCUAUGGUUCAGACACUAAAGGUAGAGGACAUGGUUGUGAUGAAGAAUUUGCCUUCAGCACAGUUUGUUGAUGGCCAUGUGAUCCAAGUACAAGUGACGGAUGCAGAGCUAAAGUCAGCUGAAGAAAUAGUUGAGAUAGUGCUUGAAAUGGGCUCAUCUGAUGCAAAUGAUCACAAGAUUCUAUUACAACAGGUGAACACUGAGAUUAAAUCAGAUGAAGCAAAUGUUAAUACAACCUGUGAGGUGGGCUCAACUGAUGAUCACGAGAUUAUAGUACAAGUGGCAGAUGCACCGUUAAAGUCUGCUCAAGUAAUUGUUGAUCAAGGGCUUGAAAUGGACUCAACCAAUGUCACUGAUCAUGAGAUCCAAUUGAAAGGGUUGGAUGUAGAGAUUGAAUCAGCUGAAACAAUUGUUGAUACAGUUCUUGAGGUUGUCUUAACUGAUGUCAAGGGUCAUGAGAUCCAGGUACAAGUAACAGAGGCAAAUGCUGAGAAGGGUUCAGCUGAAGCUAUUGUGGAGACAGCACUUGAGGUGGUUUCCUCAACCGAUAUUAAAGAGGUCAUAGACGUUUGUGACAAAAUGGAGGACGAAGGAGAGGGUGAGAAUGCCACUGAGAAGAUUGAGGACGACAUGUUUGAAGAGGCCAGCAGUAUUAUAACUCAGGAAAUUGUCCAACAUGUGCAGCAGAACUCAUCAGAAGACCCCAAUGCUGUACCACAAUCAAGUGAAAAGGCUGAAGUUGAAUUAUCGAGUGAAGCAGAAGUUUCAAAAUCACCAGAGAAUACACCAGCGGUCGCAGUUAUAGAGAGUCAAGGACAUCCACAUGUAACUGCACAGGUGCAAAAGACAAUUAAUUUAUUUGAAAACUACUUCGAUCUUAAUACUCAGGGAAUUGCACAAGAACCUUCAGAAAAAGAAACGGAGCCCUCGAUUGCUCUCGAAGUUGAUACAGUACGUGAGGAUAUAAAAACUCCUGAGGCAUUUGUAGAGCCCACUUCUGAAUUCAACAGCAUACCUGAUGACACAGUUCCCACUACAUUUGCAGAGUCUUGUUCACAGGCAGAUGUGCAAGAUGUUUUUGGAACAGAGGCUGAAUUCAUGAUUUAUUCUGAAGUAGAUCAAGCCAUUGAUGUUUCAGACUCUACUAGCGGGCAUGAGAAGGAACUAGUGGGAAUGGUAGUAGAAUCAGCAAAGGAAUCAGUGGAGUCGUUUGAAAAGAGACUAUCUAUUGAAUCCCAUGUCCAUGUCCACAUUAAACCCAGAAAUACUGGAGUUGUGUCUGCGGGAUUAGAGUCACCACCGCAUGCUAUUUGGUCACCUCCAAGUACUACUGCAGAAGUUGCAGUGAAUACUGACAGCCUUCUAACAGAAUCAAUAGAAAGUGCAAGUACUAUUGCAAACAGUUCUGCGAAUACUGACUGUGUUCUAACAGAAUCAAUGGAAAGUGCUCAACUUUGUGAAGUCAGUCAAAUUGAGCAAACCAGUGACACUGCACCUCAUACCCCACCUGCAACAGUGCUGUACACCCUAAACCCUGAAACAGAACAGGUAAUGACCAAUGCAGUAGGGUCUAACCCACACAUAGAGGAAGAGAAUGACCUAGAACUGUGGCUGGAUGCUGAGGAAGAUAUUGGCACGGUAAAAUCCAGUAUCUUGGAGGUUCUAAGCAAAAAAACAGAGGAGUAG